CCUUUGGUCCCUUCUAAACACAUUUCGAUCUUGAUCAAUUAAUUGCUCUGACAAACUGCAAACAAAACCAACCAACAAAUCAAAAGUGCAUCUUUUAGAAUGAAGUCGGCAACUUCGAAGGUGGUGACGGCACUGGACGUUUCGGUAGUGGUCAUGGCCAUCGUAUCGGGUGUUUACUGUGGCCUUUUUAGCCUGAACGACACUCUCGAGCUGAACGCUCGCCUCAACAAGAUCGACAACACCUUAAAUGCCUACAACAACUUCCGGAGGGAUCGGUGGAGAGCUUUGGCCAUGGCUGCGGUCUCCUUGGUGGCUAUAGCCCUUCUAGUCGGUCUGGAUGUGGGAACCUGGAUGCGCAUUGCCCAGGAUAUGAACAUAGCGCAGUCGGAUACGGAGCUCAAUGUGCAUUGGUAUAUCCCGUUUUACAGUCUCUACUUCGUCCUCACGGGCUUGCAAGUGAACUUUGCAAACACCGCUUACGGAUUGGGCAGGCGUUUUAGACGCCUAAACAGGAUGCUUUCCAGCAGUUUUCUGGGCGAAAACAACGCCUCCAGUGCCAUUAAGCCCCAAAAAGUCAGCACUGUGAAGAACAUCAGCAUGAAUCGUCCCUCGAUGCCAUCGGCGUUGCACGCCAGUCUGACGAAGCUGAACAGCGAAACUCUGCCCAGUGAUUCUCCAGGUGACAAGGCCCGCAGUCUGGUCCUCAACGUGGAGUUACUCAAAUUGGGUUAUUUUCCAGCCAAGAACAAGGGUCUGCUCCUCAAGUCCUUGGCCGACAGUCACGAGUCGCUGGGCAAGUGUGUCCACCUUUUGUCCAACUCCUUUGGCGUUGCGGUGCUCUUCAUCCUGGUCUCUUGUCUGCUGCAUCUGGUGGCUACCGCCUACUUCCUCUUCUUGGAACUGCUCAGCAAGCGGGACAACGGCUAUCUGUGGGUGCAGAUGCUUUGGAUAUGCUUUCAUUUCCUGCGACUGCUCAUGGUGGUGGAGCCCUGUCACCUGGCUGCCAGAGAAUCGCGCAAAACCAUUCAGAUUGUCUGUGAGAUCGAGCGGAAGGUGCACGAGCCCAUUCUCGCGGAAGCGGUGAAGAAGUUCUGGCAGCAGUUACUCGUGGUCGAUGCCGACUUCUCCGCCUGCGGACUGUGUCGCGUGAAUCGCACGAUCCUAACAUCGUUCGCGUCCGCCAUAGCCACCUAUCUCGUGAUACUUAUUCAGUUCCAAAGGACCAACGGCUAG